GACGGACAGCCAAAUUGUCCAACAGGCAGAAUCUGCGCAGGAGACUCCGCAAACCUUUCAAAUCAUCCUUCUGGUGAUUGAUUUUAGCAGAUGCGAAGCUUGCGCCGCUGAGCGAGGAAAAGACGCAACCGCAGGCAUGCCACUGGCACGCAGUUUGUCGGUCACCUCCCUGUCUGGCCUGGAGGACUGGGACGAAGAGUUUGAUCGGGAGGAUGCAGUCCUCUUCGAGAUCGCAUGGGAGGUCUCUAAUAAAGUUGGGGGCAUUUACACGGUGAUCCAGACCAAGGCGCGUCUGACCUGCGAGGAAUGGGGUGAGAACUACUUUCUAGUUGGCCCGUAUAUGGAGUCCAAUGUCAGGACGCAAGUGGAGCUGAUCGAACCCUGUAAUGCAGCACUCAGAAGAACCAUUGAUAAAAUGAACAGCAGUGGGUGCAAGGUAUAUUUUGGUCGAUGGCUGAUUGAAGGCUCUCCAUACGUGAUUCUGCUAGACGUGGGCUUCACGGCCUGGUCUUUGGACCGCUGGAAGAGUGAAUUGUGGGAGAAAUGUGGUAUUGGUGUGCCCUGGUUCGACAGAGAGGCUAACGAUGCUGUUCUCUUUGGCUUCCUCACUGCAUGGCUGCUGGGAGAGUAUGCAGCUCAGUGUGACGACCCUCCUCACAUCGUGGCACAUUUUCACGAGUGGCUGGCAGGUUUGGGGCUGGUCUUAUGUAGACAGCGCCAUUUACCCAUAGCAACCAUCUUCACCACACACGCCACUCUGCUCGGCCGAUAUCUGUGUGCCGGAAGCGUCGACUUCUACAACAACCUCGCAGACUUUAAUGUGGAUAAAGAGGCAGGUGACAGGCAGAUCUAUCACCGGUACUGUCUGGAGCGUGCAGCAGCCCGCUGUACACACGUUUUCACCACCGUCUCUCAGAUCACCGCCAUUGAGGCCGAGCACUUACUAAAGCGGAAACCAGAUAUUGUGACUCCUAACGGUCUGAAUGUGAAGAAGUUCUCAGCCAUGCACGAGUUCCAGAACCUCCACGCUCAGAGUAAAGCGCGCAUCCAGGAGUUUGUCAGAGGCCAUUUCUAUGGGCAUUUAGAUUUUAACCUUGACAAGACAGUGUUUCUUUUUAUUGCUGGACGCUAUGAAUUCUCAAAUAAAGGAGCUGAUAUCUUUCUUGAAGCGUUGGCCAGACUUAAUUACCUUCUGAGGGUGAAUCACAGCGAGGUGACUGUAAUAGCAUUCUUCAUCAUGCCUGCUCGCACCAACAACUUCAACGUGGAGACCCUGAAGGGCCAAGCCGUGCGGAAACAGCUCUGGGACACUGCACAGACUGUGAAGGAGCGUUUUGGGAAGAAACUCUACGAAUCACUUUUAGUAGGGCAGUUGCCUGAUGUGUCUAAGAUGUUAGAUAAAGAGGACUUCACCAUAAUGAAGCGUGCCAUCUUCGCCACCCAACGACAGUGUCUGCCCCCCGUCUGCACUCACAACAUGCUGGAGGACAGCAGUGACCCCAUCCUCAACUGCAUCCGCCGCAUUGGCCUCUUCAACACCUCUCAGGACCGAGUCAAGGUGAUUUUCCAUCCAGAGUUUCUCUCCUCAACUUCUCCUCUCCUGCCGAUGGACUACGAGGAGUUUGUGAGAGGCUGCCACCUUGGAGUAUUUCCAUCUUACUAUGAGCCCUGGGGAUACACACCAGCUGAGUGUACAGUGAUGGGUAUCCCAUCGAUCUCCACUAACCUGUCAGGGUUUGGCUGUUUUAUGGAGGAGCACAUUGCUGACCCAUCAUCUUAUGGUAUCUAUAUUCUGGAUCGGCGGCAUCGUGGGGUGGAUGAGUCCUGUAAUCAGCUGACGUCUUUCCUGUUUCAGUUCUGUCAGCAGAGCCGCAGGCAGAGGAUCAUUCAAAGGAACCGAACUGAGCGCCUCAGUGACCUGCUAGACUGGAGAUAUCUGGGCAGGUAUUACAUUUCUGCCCGUCAUAUGGCUUUAGCGAAAGCUUUCCCGGACACAUACUUCUAUGAGCCUCAAGAACCCACUUCAGCCACAGGCUUCCAUUACCCACGACCUGCCUCUGUGCCCCCUUCUCCCGCCCACUCGCUUCACUCGUCUCCUCAUCAAAGUGAGGGUGAGGACGAGGAUGAACCGUAUGAUGAAGAUCUGGAAGCAGAGAAAGACCGGCUCAAUAUCCGCCAACCGAUUAUUGUACCGAGCCGAAACAAGAAUCAUACAGUCGGUCUCCCUGAGAAAAACUAAAACACAGCCAUACAUGCACACAUACACAAACUGUAGCUUAUACUGUGAGGCAUUUAUAUAUAUAUAUAUAUACAUAUAUAUACACACACUUUAAACACAAAAACACUCCUGUAAAAGUGAAAGUAAUGCCUGCAAACAGUGUGUUUGCAUGUUGGUGUUCUGAAGAGAAAUAAAUAAGAUGUUUAAGUAAAUGGCAAGCCAUAGUUUGUGAAGAUUUCACUGGUGUCUUUCAUACAAGGCCUAUUACAAAAACAACUAAGAGCAAAGGAUUUAGUUUUAGCUAGUGUUAUUCAGAUUCAGAUUUAUACCAAACUGACCUCCAGCUGUCUGUCUGUGAUGCUGGUCUUAAAGGGAUAGGUCUAUUUAAAAAAUGAAAAUUAGCCCAUGAUUUACUCACACUCAAGUUAUCCUAGGUGUAUAUGACAUUCUUCUUCCAGACGAACACAAGAGUUAUAAUAAAAAAUGUCCCGGCUCUUCUUAGCUUUAUAAUGGUCGUUUAUGUUUCGAAGUCCAUAAAAAAGCAUCCAUCCAUGAUAAAAGUGCUCCACGCGGCUCUGCGGGGGUUAAUAAAGGCCUUAUGAAGUGAAGCUACGUGUUUAUGUAAAAAAAAAAAUCCAUAUUUAAAACUUUUAUCGACUAAAAUAACUAGCUUCUGGCAGACAGCCAACGCAUACUACACAAGUCGGUUAGUCUUCCUCUGUAAAUCGAUGUGUAUGGCUGUCUUUCGUGUUUUUGUGGCCGUUUGUGAAGCCUGGGCUGUCUACAGAGAGUUUUAACAGUGGGUUCAGGGGACAGGCAGAUAGCGGAUAGUGUGGAGAUGUGUUCUGUAUGUGACAAAAAAUGUUUUAGCCUAAAAAGGCCUGAAUUUGCUUAUAGCACCUUUAAAGAAUCACAAGCAAUGUUGCAAAAACUAACCUGCCAAAUGAAUGCACUGGAUGAUCAUUGAUACUGUAAUACACACGAGCACUGUUUAAAUUUGUCAUGUCUGUCAAGGCUGUACAACAGAGAUUAAAGUCUACAACAUUAUUGA